UUCCUGCUGAACAGAUAAUAAGAGACGUGGAUCAGAGAGAGACCCGAUCAGAACCUGCAGGACCCCUGGACCUGGACUGACCUGGACCUGGACCAUCAGGACUGACCUGGACUCAUCUGGACCAUCAGUACUCACUUGGACUCACCUGGACCUGGACCAUCAGGACUCAUCUGGACUCAGCUGCAUAUCUCAGUCUAGACCAGUUCUGUUGAGUAUUUUCCAGGAUGUGGAUGCUUGUGCUGAUCCUGGCUCUGCUGGACCAGAACCAGAACCAGGCUGCUCCUACAGGUGAACAUGGCAGUGGCUUCCAGCUCCCCCUCCAACAACAGCUGAGCCAGACCACGCCGUCGGCUGUCCCUGAUGCUCCUCCACCUCAGACAUCCUCCUCCUCCUCCUCCUCCUCGUCUUCAUCAUCGUCCUCUGAGUCGAGUCAGAGUUCAGAGGGUCCUCAGCUGCUGAGAGAGCGACAGAACCUGGAGAACCUGGAGAACCUGGAGAACCAGGAGAACCAGGAGGACCUGGAGAACCAGGAGAACAGGGCAGUGGAGCAGACGGACUGGUCUCAGGAGGCGGGCUGUGGGUCAGACCUGUGUCAGAGUGAGGUCUGGUCUCCCGGUAACAGCUCCUCUGGUCUGGCACUCGGUGAACUGGUUCUGCUGGGAGAGAGAGCGGGCGAGCGAGACCAGGAGAGAGAGACCAGGGACGACAGCGUGGAGAGGGAGAGCCAGCGCAGGGCUCUGCUGCUGACCGUUAACCACCUCCUGACUCGACCUGGAGCCGCAGACGCCAGCCUGAUGACAUCAGUGGUGGGCGGGGCUACCACACCAGAGGGAGGGGCCGGUCAGGGAGAGGGCGGGACCAGAGGAGCGGAGGUCAACGCCAAGUUUUCUCGACUGUCAGACAGCCUGACCUUCGACGUGCCGGACCAUGGCCAGAGCUACAGUUACCAUGGAGACGAGGAGGGGCUAGAGCUGGGUCUGUAGCUGAGGCCACGCCCCUUCUACUGUCAAUCAAUUAUUAAUCAAUCAAUCAGUUAUCUGAUCUAUAACCACUGAACUCAUAUUACAUUAUAUCAAAGUUUAUUAUUGUUGUUGUUUUUGGACGAGGAGCGAGUUUCCAUGGUAACAGGUUGACGACGACGUCAGGAUGGAAACGUUAACGUGAUGAAGGUUACGACCGAGCAGCCGAGGUUAUUAUUAACGUUAAACUCUUCACACUGUGACCUUUGACCUUUGAAAUUCUGAUCAGUUCAUUUUUGAAUCAAAGUUUGAGUCAAAUCUGAGACGGUUGAAAACAUGAGCUCUCAUGUCACCACUGUUGACGACACGGAGAAAAAUGAAAACUAUAUGAUAAUAAUGAUCUGUAUGAUUUAUGUUUCAUCUCCAUGUUUAUGGGAAUAAACUUUAAAAUGGA